AUGAUGGCCAAGGGUAUCCCCUCUUCUGUGAUCGGGCGCUGCUUGGGGACCUCCUCCAACUAUUCUCCAGCAAUAUUCGCUUCGACACCCAUACGAACUGUGACAGAACCCAGUCCGAGAUGGCCAAAGACCCCCAUUCUUUCCUCCGGCGUCCGGUUGAAUCAUACACAGCGACAAACCCAGAUUUGGAAGCAAACCACCAGUAAUGAUGUGUCUGGAGCGCCGGUAUUUCCAUUAUGUCAUGUUAUCAAGCCUCAAAAAUUUAUGCGCGAGCGCACAACUCCUCUUACAGCACGAUCCUUAAUUUCUCAACCAUCCGCCUUGCUGGCUUGGUCGGCGAUUACGUGGAAGCAACAUCGAUUCUACAGUGGCAGAGGUAACGGCAGUGGAAAUGGACCGAAAUGUUCUUGCGGCAAGGAUAUCGCAGAUAUCCCUCCCACACCAGCAAGAACCACGGAAGACUUGAAGAGGGUGAAGCCAUCGACACUGAGUGAGGCGAGCAAAGAUGCUUCAAACCAAACUACCAAGCCUGGGAACCAAGGGACCAUAGAAACAGAUUCUGAGCCGGUUUCCUACAUGUCCUACCUACACUUGCCGAGGAUGCCGCAUCGACCAACCAAGGAUGAACUGCUCGAGGCCGCCAAUGGUUUCUGGCAGCGACUCAAGGUCCGUCUAAAAUGGGUAUCGAUCAGGAGUAUGAGGCCAUGGAAUAUCGAUGAAUGGGGUGCUUUUGUGUCAUGGUUCCUUUUCGGUCACCUCGCUUGGAUUAUUGUCGGAACAACAACGUUCUUCUCAUUGAUCAUCUUGUCAAUCAACACUGUUGUAGCUCAAGAAACACUCGCUCAAUGGGUAGGUGAUUAUCUGACUCAGUCCGCCGGUGUUACCGUUGUCUUCGAGUCGGCCAUUGUUCCCAAGUGGCGGGAUAACGUUAUCUCUUUCCGCAAUGUGUUUGUCUCGCGACGGCCUGGUCAGGGAAAUGUCUCGUCCGUAAGCAAGGGCUCAUCAGAUGCUGCCGCCGAGGCCGCCGCUGGCCGCAAAGCCGAAGCGCCUGAAGUUGAGGACGAUGGGAAUUACACUCAGUUUGAUGUUACGCUAUCAACAGUCAACGUUACACUUUCAUUUUUGAACUGGUGGAACGGAAAAGGCCUGCUCAAGGAUGUCGAGAUCAAAGGCGUUCGCGGUGUUCUUGACAGGACUUCGGUAACCUGGCCAGUCGAAGAGGUUGAUCCAUUAUCGUACCGCCAUAAGCAUCAACCAGGAGACUUCGAAAUCGAAAAGUUCAAGAUGGAGGAUCUUCUACUUACGGUCCAUCAGCCGGGUGGAUUUAGGCCAUUUUCUAUCAGCAUAUUCUCUUGCGAGUUGCCUCAACUAAGAAAACAGUGGCUUUUCUACGACUUCCUCUCCGCCAACCAUAUGUCAGGAUCUUUCGAUGGCUCUCUGUUUACGAUCCAUCCCCGACAGGUCCACGGCGUGGUGCCCAGCGGUAAUGGCGACCCAGAAGCCUCUGUUGGCUUCGGCGACCCUAAGGCUUGGAAGAAAUUUAGCCGGCUUCGUAUCGAUGGCUUGAGGAUAGACCACCUCAAUCGUGGCGUGGAGGGUCCGUUUGGCUGGAUAUAUGAAGGAAAUGUUGACAUUGUAGCUGAUGUCAUGUUCCCGGCUGACACUGACGAGAGUAUCACCAAGGUUAUGGCCGACUUCUACGACCAGCUCGAAGAGAUCGUCGACACAAACAGACAUCGAUUUAUUCGCAACAUACAAGAACAGGGGCCCGCACUUCUUACAUCAGGGCACCUUUCAGACUUUACCAGAGAUGUUCCCAGCGAUAAGCCUGCCGAGGAGCCACAAACAAGCGAGGAUGAGCGUCGAUACCUGAUCAUGGACCUUCGGAUUUCCAUGAACGACGUUAAAGCCGCAGUGCCUCUUUUCACCAAGGAUAUGUCCUACGUCAACCAGGCGUUGGUCCGACCUAUCGUGGCGUAUAUUAACGCCAAGAAGACGUACAUCCCGAUCAACUGCCGCAUUGUGAAGCGAGCUGGCGAUUUUGAUGGCAGCUGGUCCAUCUUUGACUGUGGCCUCAUGAACGAUAUGUCAGCAGAGACAUACGAUGCGUUUGCAAACGAUGUUGAAAACCAGCAGAGCCGUGUCCGGCGUUUUAAGAAGGUCGGUUUUUGGACCUUGUCGGUUGCUGUUCAUGCCCUCUUCAUGGGCAUGGCUGGUAACGUGGUGUGA